GGCAGUGCCGUUUGCGGGGGCGCGCCUCUUGUUGUCGGCGGCAGCGGAGGGAGGAGGAGGGGGGUUCUGGGCGGCGACGUAGUCGCGCAGGGUGCUGCGGUCCGUCCAACGCGCGAGCAACGCUGUCAUGAAGCGCUCGUAGUCGCGCUUCAUGCGAGGCUUGGUGGUGCCGAUGCGAGACUCGAGGAAGGCGUAUUCUUCGCGCUGGGCGAGGGCGCGGAUCUCCUCCCACGACAUGCACCUGUCGAUGAGCGCCAACGACAGGUUGUCGUAGGUGCUGUUGGCCAUGAUGUUGAACAGCCUCCGCACCAUCUCCCUGCGGUACUGCUCAUAGCUGCAUGAGCCUGAGCCCCUCGGAAUGGCUUGGGGCUGGAUGUCGGUGUCCUGCAGGGACAAGCUGCAGGUCCACAGGAGUCGCGGCAGGUCGGCAGCCCCGGCGGCGUACAGUCCUUCGAUCUUGGUCUUUGCCGUGUCGAAGCUCCUCGCACCCCAGCUGGGGUGUUGGAUGAUGUACUUCACCACCCUCUCCAUCCUCGCCUGGUCGUUCCACGGCAUCUCCAGCAUGUGUGGGACCUUCUUGGCCCACGUCUGCCUCACAAUGUACUCGUGGGCUUGCUUCAACAGCCCCACCAUGCACUGGCUGUCGAGGUCCAGGGGCGAGACGGCGGGCGGGGUGGAGGGGGCGGCAGUCGCGGCGGCAGAUGAGGAGGGUGCGGCAGCGACAGAAGGGGUGGCGGCGACAGAGGCGGCAGACGAAGCGAGGGAUGCAGCAGAGGAGGCCAGAGAGGUGGUGGAUGAGGCGAAGGAGGCAGCGGAGGUGGUUGAGCCGGUCGAGGCGGCGAAGGAGGAGGCGGACGCGGACGCGGCGAAGUCGGCGGGAGGAGCAGCGAUAGCAGCAAAGACACCCUCGCGGGCCGGCACUCUUGCCAGCAGCUCGCGGAAGGCCUCGCUCAGCGCGGAGGCCUCCCGGUAUCGAACCACCGGCUCGAGCCUGGCGCGGCCUCGGACGGCGCAGCGCCAGAGGGCCCGAAGCUGCACCACCGACACAAGUCCCUGGGCGAAGCGGAGCUUGAGCAGCCUCAUCAAGCCCCCGGAGAUCGUGACCUCCCUGACGUGCUUCAUCACGUCAGGGUGGAGGGGCGGCACGAUCUCCAGGACAUCCUUCGACACUUGCCUGCUCUCGUCCCGCAGGUAGACGUCGAAGUUGGGGCCCAGGCGGCCCAGCUUGCCCCAGACUGCUGGGGGGGAGGGGGAGGGGACCAGGGACGGAGUCGAGACCGGGGCCGGGACCGGGGCGGAAGACAACAACGAGAGGAAGGACGGGGCCGGGGAUGUGGUCGCGGCUGGUGACGGGGCCGGGGACGGAGACGAGGCCGGGGAUGGAGACGAGGCCGUGGUGUCCUCUCUCAUCUCUUCGUCUUCGUCGGAG